AUGCUUCCCGCGCGAGGGGCGGGCGGGGCGGGCGCGCCACGGGACGGUCCUUCCCGCCCCUCCUUGCGGCUCCCCCCGGCGGGCGCCAGGCCCGCGCCCGCCUCAAGCCCGCCAGCGACGCCCCAGGGAGCCGCGGCGGGAGGGGGCGGGGCGGGGCGUGGCCGCGACUCGCUUUCCCGGCAGGCAGCGCGCCGGCGCCCAGCACGCGGCUCCCGGGCGGCGCACGCGGAGGGGCAGCCAUGGCGCCGGGGGGCGGGGCGUGCAGAGCGGCCGCGGCGCUCCAUUGGCCCGCGCUCGGCGGGUGGGCGGAAGGGGCGGGCCCAGGAGAAGAGAAGAGAGGCGACCAGCGGGGGGGGGGUCACUUCCGUUCCUCAGUCGUGUCUGGCGCAGCAGCAGGAGGAGGAGGCCAGGCCGUCGCCGUCUUCGCAGCCAUGGUGGGCGCGGCCGGUGCUGCUGCACGUGCUGUUCGAGCACGCGUCGGGCUACGCGCUCGUGGCGCUGCGGCAGGCCGAGGAGGUGUCGCUGCUGGCGCCGCAGGUGGAGGCGGCCGUGCUGAGCCUGGGGCCCUUCCAGGCCCUCGUGCGCCUCGUCGCCUUCGCCCCCUUCCGCUCCGCCCAGGCCGCCCUCGACAACAUCCACGCCGUCUCCGAAGGGCUGCUCCACGAGGACCUGCGGCUGCUGCUGGAGACCCACCUGCCGGCCAAGAGGAAGAAGGCGCUCCUGGGGGUCAGCGACGCCAAGAUCGGGGCCGCCAUCCAGGAGGAGCUGGGCUGCCAGUGCCAGACUGGGGGGGUCGUCGCUGAGAUCACCCGAGGCAUCCGGCUGCAUUUCUGCCACCUAAUCAAGGGCCUGACGGCCCAGUCAGCCUCCAAGGCCCAGCUGGGACUGGGGCACAGCUACUCCCGGGCCAAGGUCAAGUUCAACGUCAACAGGGUGGACAACAUGAUCAUCCAGUCCAUCAGCCUCCUGGACCAGCUGGACAAGGACAUCAACACCUUUUCCAUGCGGGUCAGAGAAUGGUACGGGUAUCACUUCCCAGAACUGAUCAAGAUUGUGAGCGAUAACUAUACUUACUGCCGUCUGGCCAAGCUCAUCCGGAACCGGAAGGAGCUGAGCGAAGAGAGCCUGGAGGAAUUGGAAGAGAUCGUCAUGGACAGCGCAAAAGCGCAGGCGAUUCUGGACGCUUCUCGCUCAUCCAUGGGGAUGGACAUAUCUCCCAUUGACCUGAUAAACAUUGAAAGGUUUUCCAGUCGAGUCAUCUCGCUCUCUGAAUACCGCAAAGGCCUGCAGGAGUAUCUUCGCUCCAAGAUGAGCCAAGUGGCCCCCAGCCUCUCAGCCCUCAUUGGAGAAGUGGUGGGUGCCCGCCUGAUCUCCCACGCUGGCAGCCUAACCAAUCUGGCGAAGUACCCAGCCUCAACCGUCCAGAUCUUGGGCGCAGAGAAGGCCCUCUUCAGGGCUCUGAAGACCCGAGGCAACACCCCCAAGUACGGCUUGAUCUUUCACUCCACUUUUAUUGGGCGAGCAGCGGCCAAGAACAAGGGCCGCAUCUCCCGCUACUUGGCCAACAAGUGCACCAUUGCCUCCCGGAUCGACUGCUUCUCAGAGGUCCCGACCUGUGUCUUUGGAGACAAGUUGCGGGAGCAAGUCGAGGAGCGGCUGGCUUUCUAUGAGACGGGAGAGCCCCCCCGCAAGAACCUGGACGUCAUGAAGGAGGCGAUGGUGGAGGCUACAGAGGUGGCUGCGGAGAUCAAAAAGAGGCUGGAGAAGAAAGAGAAGAAGAAGCGGAAACGUGAGAAAAAGCGGCUAGAGGCUCUGGUGGUGGAAGCUGCUGCUGCAGAGAACUCGGUGUUGGAGACCACGGCAGAGGGAAUGAUCUUCGCUCCAUGA